GGAGGCUGCUUCCGGGGAGAGUGGGGCAACCGGUUGGGCUUGCGGCCGGCGAGUGUAGCGCGCGGGCGUGGGAGCCAGGCCUUGCGGACGGAGGGGGCGUUGUCUUCUUUUCUGUCCCGGAGGGGCCGGUGAAGCCGGGAGCUGAACUGCAAAAUGAACUUUCUUCGCGGGGUCAUGGGCGGUCAGAGCGCCGGACCCCAGCACACGGAAGCCGAGACGAUUCAAAAGCUUUGUGACCGAGUAGCUUCAUCUACUUUACUCGAUGAUCGAAGAAAUGCUGUUCGUGCCCUCAAAUCAUUGUCUAAGAAAUACCGCUUGGAAGUGGGCAUCCAAGCUAUGGAGCAUCUUAUCCACGUUCUGCAAACAGAUCGUUCGGAUUCUGAAAUAAUAGGUUAUGCUUUGGACACACUAUAUAAUAUAAUAUCUAAUGACGAAGAAGAAGAACUUGAAGAAAAUUCCACAAGACAGAGUGAGGAUUUGGGAAGCCAGUUUACAGAAAUUUUCAUUAAGCAGCAAGAAAAUGUCACUCUGCUGUUGUCUUUAUUGGAGGAGUUUGAUUUCCAUGUUCGCUGGCCCAGUGUGAAGCUUCUGACUUCUCUCUUAAAACAACUAGGUCCUCAGGUGCAACAAAUUAUUUUAGUUAGUCCCAUGGGUGUUUCAAGACUGAUGGACUUACUAGCAGACUCCAGGGAAGUCAUACGUAAUGACGGCGUCUUACUACUACAGGCACUGACAAGAAGCAACGGUGCAAUUCAGAAAAUAGUUGCCUUUGAGAAUGCUUUUGAGAGACUGCUGGACAUUAUCACUGAGGAGGGGAGCAGCGACGGAGGCAUAGUUGUCGAAGAUUGUUUGAUUUUGCUUCAAAACUUGUUAAAAAACAACAAUUCAAAUCAAAAUUUUUUUAAAGAAGGCUCAUAUAUUCAACGCAUGAAACCUUGGUUUGAAGUUGGAGAUGAGAAUUCUGGCUGGUCUGCACAGAAAGUGACAAAUCUUCAUCUGAUGCUUCAGCUUGUGCGGGUGCUAGUGUCUCCCACCAACCCCCCCGGGGCCACCAGCAGCUGCCAGAAGGCCAUGUUCCAGUGUGGCUUGCUGCAGCAGCUGUGCACCAUCCUGAUGGCCACCGGCGUUCCUGCAGACAUCCUGACCGAGACCAUAAACACUGUCUCAGAAGUCAUUCGUGGCUGCCAAGUCAACCAGGACUACUUUGCCUCUGUGAACGCACCUUCGAACCCCCCAAGGCCGGCCAUCGUGGUGCUGCUGAUGUCCAUGGUCAAUGAAAGACAGCCGUUCGUUCUGCGCUGUGCUGUUCUCUAUUGUUUCCAGUGCUUCUUAUACAAAAACCAGAAGGGACAGGGAGAAAUUGUGUCAACACUUCUGCCUUCCACUAUUGAUGCAACAGGGAGCUCUGUCUCAGCAGGGCAGUUGUUGUGUGGAGGCUUGUUUUCUACUGAUUCACUCUCGAACUGGUGUGCUGCGGUGGCCCUUGCCCAUGCUCUGCAAGAAAACGCUACUCAGAAAGAACAGUUGCUCAGGGUUCAGCUUGCGACAAGUAUCGGCAACCCACCCGUCUCCCUGCUGCAGCAGUGCACCAACAUCUUGGCUCAGGGAGAUAAAAUCGACAGACGGGGAAGCAAAAUACAGACACGAGUUGGCUUGCUAAUAUUGCUGUGUACAUGGUUGAGCAAUUGUCCCAUUGCGGUGACACAUUUCCUGCACAAUACAGCCAAUGUGCCAUUCCUUACAGGACAGAUUGCAGAAAAUCUUGGGGAAGAAGAGCAGUUGGUGCAAGGCUUAUGUGCCCUUCUAUUGGGCAUUUCAAUAUACUUCAACGAUAACUCGCUUGAGACCUACCUGAAAGAGAAACUAAAGCAACUAAUAGAGAAGAGGAUUGGCAAAGAGAAUUUCAUAGAGAAGCUAGGAUUUAUUAGCAAACAUGAAUUAUACUCCAGGGCAUCACAGAAACCCCAGCCAAACUUUCCCAGUCCAGAAUACAUGAUAUUUGAUCAUGAAUUCACAAAGCUGGUGAAAGAACUUGAAGGCGUUAUAACUAAGGCUAUUUAUAAGUCCAGUGAGGAAGAUAAAAAAGAGGAAGAGGUAAAGAAAACUUUAGAACAGCAUGACAAUAUCGUGACUCACUACAAAAAUAUGAUUCGUGAGCAGGAUCUACAGCUAGAGGAGCUAAAGCACCAGGUUUCUACAUUAAAAUGUCAAAAUGAACAGUUGCAGACAGCAGUCACACAGCAAGCUUCUCAGAUUCAGCAGCAGAAGGAUCAGUACAAUCUUCUGAAAGUCCAGCGGGGAAAAGACAGUCAGCCUCAAGGCUUGCCCAGUGACGGGGCUCAGGUAAAUGGGAUUCAGCCAGAAGAAAUGAGUCGAUUGAGAGAAGAGAUAGAAGAAUUGAAAAGUAAUCAGGAGCGUUUACAAAGCCAGCUGGCUGAGAAAGACUCUUUGAUUGAAAAUUUGACGAAAUCAGUUCCGGUCCCAGGAGAGAGUGAGGCCGGGGCAGCGGCUGGUGUUGCCGAGGUGGAAGGGAGGCUGUCGGUCUUGCUGCAGGAGACGAGGGAGCUACAGAACGAAAUUAAAGUUUUGUCUGCGGAAAGAACUGCCCUUAAGGAGCAGCUGGAUUCCUCUAAUAGCACCAUUGCCAUUUUACAAAAUGAGAAGGACAAGCUGGAGCUGGAAAUCACAGAUUCCAAAAAGGAACAGGAUGACCUCCUGGUUCUGUUGGCUGACCAAGACCAGAAAAUACUGUCACUGAAGAAAAAACUGAAGGACCUUGGUCACCCAAUUGAAGAAGAAGAUGAACUUGAGUCUGGAGACCAGGACGAGGAGGAUGAUGAGAAUGAGGAUGGUGGCAAAGACCAGGGUCUCAGUAUUUAGCUUGAAAGUCUCUAGAGAUGGCAGACGUUUGUGCCGUGACUUUGGAGAUGGAAACUACAGCCAGUGUUCAGUUUGCCUCCACAGAAAAUAAAGAUGUAUAAACCAGUGGAACGCAUUUACUAAUAAAACUGUUGAUGUAUUUUUAAAAAUAUUGCCACCUUGUUAAAAGCCCUAACAGUAACUUUAUACAGAGCACGUUUUAUUUAAUUUUAUCUAAACUAUCCCAGAAUGUAAUUCGUAGAGCCCAAGAGGCCAAACAACUUCAUUUCAAGACAUGUGGUGCCAGUGGUGUCCUUCUAGGUGCCCUGGUUAGCUCUGAGGCCCUGUGGCGCUUGAGUGCCAGCACUGGUGAUUUACCAUUCCCAAUGCAGUGUCUGCGUUCCCCGGGCGAAGGUUUCCUUGUGAAGGAAGGAGGUGGCUUCAGGCCGGCUGGCCUGGUGGGCGGGGAUGGUGCAUGCCAUCCAUCUCCCUCCAUCUGUGACAUCCACACCAGCAGGGCGACGCUGCGGUUCGGAGCUGUCCCUUGUCUCCUGGGCACCGUAGUGCGAGGUCUGACUGAGGGCUUGUUGCGGUGUGUGCGUGGCUGGUUUUCUUCUUCAGCUAAACAUGGAAAACAGAUUGUGAGUUCAUGAUCAUCCAGCUCUGAUUAGUAUUGUUAGAUUAUCAGAAAACAUGUUCUUAGUUUGAAAGAGGCCUAGACUAUGAUUUAUAUAAUUUAUUGGCAUUUUUGCUGAAUAGGUUUAAGUCAAGUAACAGAUUUUUAAAAACCAAAUAAAGCAGUGUGUCAAAAUUUAAUGUUUUCAUAAUAAAAAUAGAGAUUACAUUCA